AUGUUAUCCAUUGAUGAUAGUAAACUACCUUCAGAAGAAGAAGCUUUGCGAGCUACUAUUCAAAAAAAUUUAGAAUUUUUUUUAUAUAGAAAUCAAAGAAUAGAACAAUUAUCUAAUAUUUUUAGACCACAAUUAUCUUCUCAAGCUUUAUAUAAUACUCAACCUUAUUAUAAAAUAGAAGUAUCAAAAACUGAAUUUAGAUUUGAUGAUGAAGUAGAAUUUGACUGGACUUAUAUUUAUUUCUUAAAUAAGAAGUUUAAGAAAACUCAAGAAAAAGCAACUAGACCUUUAAGUUGGAAAGGCUCUAAUACCCAAUGCUGGUGUUGGAAUAUCUUGCUUAGACAAAAUAGCAAAUGUUAUCAAUAUGAGGCUAAUUGCAAAGCAUAG